CUGGUCAAGCAAAUAUGGUAGGUACCUAGGUAUCCCAGAGGUCUUUAGAUAGAUGGGUGGGCAGUCGUCAUUCCUUAUUCUUAUACUCUUAUACUCUCAUAUUCUCAUAUUCUCAUAUUCUCAUAUUCUCAUACUCUCAUACUCUCAUACUCUCUCUCUCUAUUUUCCUUCCAUCCUCCUCUCUUUUUCCUCUUCCUCUUCCUCUCCCUUUUCUCUCCCUCUUCUCUCCCUCUCCCACCUACAACUUUACACCUCUCUUUCCUUUCCUUGUCCUCCCCUCCCUCUUCUCCUUCGCCGCUCCAUUCAUAUGAGCUCACUUGAUUCAAAAGAUGUUGAAAAGUGGUGCUCUGCUCAAAUGCCGAAUGCCCCUGUUUUAUUUCCACCCAGGUUAAAGCGUCUAUCUCGUCACUUGUGCUGGUCUCGAGAGAUGUGCGGUACGGGUAUCAUCUUAUUAUGAAUAGCUAACCUUUUCCUUUAUUUUACCUUCACCUCCAUUUUCAUUAAUGCAUCAUAUAUGUAUGUAUAUAUGUGUAUGUAUGUAUGUAAGUAGUACCUAGUUUUCCUUUAAACAAAGGAAGAUGUUCAAAAUCAUCUCAAACAUUUCAGAUAUUAGUCCGGUUAGCAUGAUGUUCUAAACGCCUAUCGCUAUUAACUGGUCCCCCAAAUUACCUUAUCCAGCGCGCAAUGGUCCCUCGCAUCAGCGAACCCCAGCUUCGCCCCGAACCAGAACGCGCUCCUUCAAAUAGUACAAAAAUAUCCUACAGAUCUUAUUCUUCAUCUUUUGAAGCAGAUGACGAGAGAUCGAGUUCCGCUGAUCACGAUAGUAUGGGCCCCGAUAUUGGUUCUGCACAUAGAGAUGUUCCUGCCCAGUAUGCGGGUGAGGAUACACGAUUGACGAGUCGGAAAGAGUUGUCGGGAUGGUACGCCUACGGAUUUGCUGCAGAGGUUUUCGUCAUUUGUGGUAUUGGAUCCUUCAUCCCGAUUACUUUGGAACAAUUGGCAAGAGAGAAUGGAGUCCUACUUUCAGAUCCAACACAACCAUGCGGUUCGAGCUCUACACAUCUACCACCCGGUUUACAUCCAGGAAAUGCAAAAGAUUCACAAUGUGUGAUUUAUCUUGGCGGACUACAGAUAAAUACUGCUAGUUUUGCUAUGUAUAGCUUCUCUCUCAGUGUUCUCUUCCAGGCGAUAUUGGUAGUUUCGAUUAGCUGUGCUGCAGAUCAUGGGAAUUAUCGUAAACGACUGCUGUUAUUGUUUGCAUUCGCCGGAUCUAUAACGACUAUGUUGUUUCUAACAGUUGUCCCGAAAGUUUACUUGUUAGGGGCUCUCUGGGCAAUUAUAUCAAAUACCUGCUUUGGGGCAAGUUUUGUGCUGUUAAAUUCAUUCCUCCCCCUACUUGUUCGACAUCAUCCGAAGACUCAAUAUGGCACGCCGGACUUUUCACCAGAGUUGCAUCCUAGUUUUGUCGAUGAAUAUCCUCCAGAACACUCCCUGAGUGAGCCUGAGCCUGAGGUAUAUGAUGAAAGAAGUGCACUCCUAUCACACAAUAGGGCCCCUUCGGAAGCUCCUGACGUAACGGAACCUUUACCGCCAUCUACGAAUUACACUUCGAUUGAGCUUCAAUUGUCUACCCAAAUUUCUUCGACUGGUAUAGGAAUCGGCUAUAGUGCCGGUCUCUUUCUCCAAUGCGUAUCCAUUAUCAUUAUAUGGUUGCUCAAAGGUACAACUUUCUCCCUGCGACUCGUAUUAUUUUUCAUAGGAUUAUGGUGGUUCCUGUUCACGAUUCCUGCCGCAUUAUGGCUUCGACCUAGACCAGGACCACCAUUGCCACCCACGGGUAAUGGGAAUUCAAAGGGUUCAAGAAGUUGGUGGGCUUAUACUAUCUACGCUUGGUCAUCUCUCUUCCGCACCGUAAAACUCGCCCGACGAUUGAAAGAUAUAACACUUUUCUUGGCAGCGUGGUUCCUCCUCUCCGAUGCCAUUGCAACUGUUUCAGGGACAGCAGUUCUCUAUGCUAAAACCCAACUUCGCAUGGCACCCGAAGCACUUGGUCUCAUUAAUGUCAUCGCGACUACAGCAGGCGUCCUAGGUGCAUUCUCCUGGGCGGCUAUUUCCCGCGCUCUCAAACUGAAACCCCAUCAAACGAUCCUCGCAUGCAUAUGCAUAUUCGAGUUGAUCCCCUUGUACGGUCUCUUGGGGUUUCUCCCCAUUGUCAAACGAUGGAACGUCAUCGGUCUCCAACAACCUUGGGAAAUGUAUCCUCUCGGAUUCAUUUACGGGUUUGUCCUCGGUGGCUUGAGUAGUUAUUGUCGCUCCCUCUUUGGUGAACUCAUUCCCCCGGGAUCCGAAGCAGCAUUCUAUGCUCUGUACGCUAUUACAGAUAAAGGAUCUAGUGUGUUUGGUCCCGCAAUUGUUGGAGCAAUUGUCGAUGGAACGGGGGAAAUUAGACCUGCCUUUUGGUUUUUAGCGGUUCUAGUUGGAUUGCCCGCUCCAUUGAUCUAUUUUGUUAAUGUAGAAAGGGGCAAGGAAGAAGGUGCAAGGCUGGCGGAAAUUAUUGAGGGCUUUAGAAUUAAGGAUGCCGAGAUUGCGAGUGGAGAGCAUAGUUCAUCAGAGAGUAUCGGUGAAGAUGAGAGAGGAAGGGACAAUAGAGAAAUUAGUCCUUAUGAUGAGGAGAGAGAAGGAAGACGGAGAAAUGAUACAUGACAUGAUUUUAGCGAUGGCUUAGCGAUUCAAGUUUGAGUUUUUGGGUAGCGGGAGAAAUUUCUAGGUAUAUUGCGAGGGAUUUUAAGGGUGAUAUGCGUGUCGUUAACACCGUUAACACCAUCUUUCCUAUUUGUAGGUUGUUGGAUGGGAUGCGUAAUUUUAAAUUUGGAUUUGGAUUUGGAUUUGGAUUUGAAUUUGGAUUUGGAUUAAGAAGAUGGAGAUGGAAGAUGAAGAUAUGGCAUGAUACAAGUGGCGUUUUUAACAGAAUGAAUGAACGAAUGAAUGAAUGAGAAUUUGACUAGAAAUCUGAUUGGACUGGUAGUGAUUUAUAGUCGAGUGCAGUGAUUUAUAGUCGAGUGCCUGACCAUUUUGAAGGGAAAUGAAAUGAAACGAU